AUGGCUCUCAAGCGCAGCAAUUGGCAGCUUGAGGUCGCAAAAGGCCUCACGCCGACAUUUGCCGCGCUUAUGGACGCCUUCAUCGUGUUUGCAAACCGCGUUCACCGCUGCCGUAGCAUCGCUGCUGCCUCGUCCGAGAUUCCGACCCUCACCUUCAGAAUUCCACAACCCCCGAGUCCGUCGGGGUCCUCAAUAGCAACGUCUCCGUCCUACGGCAAUUGCACAACACCACCGUCACCGUAUAGGAUAUCCAAAGCUAACAGUUCGUCUCUAGACAAUUUUGAGUCCCUCCUCUGCGUGAAUGGGAACAGUUGGGCUUGGGGCUUCAUGAUUGACCCAUCCGCGACGCCUCUAGAUUUACUUGUAACCCUCUAG